UGACCGAUUGAGACAUCGCGUGAGCACACGAAGAUCAUUGGCAUCAUACAAUCGCUUGGCAUUCCAAUAUGAUCCCACUGCGAACUACAGUGAUGAUGAAAAUUUGGAUAUUGGACGAAUGACGACUAUAUGCCGAUAUUGCAAUGCGGUAAAGUUCAAAAGAGAAACGGUUGGAUUGUGCUGCGCAAGUGGAAAAGUCAAACUGGAUCCAUUACUUACACCACCACAGCCACUGAAAACAUUGUUUGAUGGAAGUGAUCCCGAUUCCAGCCAUUUUCUUCAACACAUCCUUGAAUACAAUAACUGCUUUCGCAUGACUUCCUUUGGAGCUAAUAUCAUUCGAGAAGGCGGCUUCAUGCCGACUUGCAAGAUACAAGGUCAAAUAUAUCAUUUGCAUGGUUCAAUGGUGCCAACACCAGAUGAACCGCAUCAAUUUCUGCAAAUAUAUUUCAUUUCGUCGUCGAUGGUGGAUCAGCUGAACGUGCGGUGCAAUAUACAGGGAGCACAACAGUUAAAGAGACGAAUUAUUGAACAGUUGCAAGCAUUUUUUCACGCUAAUAAUGCUGUGGUGAACAUGUGCGAAGAUUCAAUGCACCCACCGUUAAUGAUGUUGCUGCAAUUAUUGUUGGCGAUCCAACUAAAUCACGAGACAUUGUCGUUCAGCGAAGAAGCAAUAUCAUGCAUCGUGUAA